GAUCCGACUUAAGUCCUCCGCCCGUCGAUAGCGCAAUUGCAUCAUCUCCACCUUCGAUUACAAACGAGUGCCGGAUUGUAACUUUACUUCAUUUCACCUCGUCAGCUUCAAGGACCAAACAGAAUUCCGUGAGGCCAUACUGGCCAAAGCGAUAUGGAGGGCCGAAAAGCAUUUGUCGUGGGCAUCAGCGGAGCUUCAUCCAGCGGCAAGACGACCCUCGCCCGGCUUCUGCGCGAUGUGUUCCCCAACACGUUUAUAUUGCACGAGGAUGAUUUCUAUAAGCCCGAGACCGAGCUCCCUUCUAGAGAUGGCCUCUUGGACUGGGAUUGCGCCGAGGCUAUCUCCAUCCCGGAUAUGACGCGGGCGCUGGCGCAUAUUCGGGAACACGGUACUUUUCCUCCCUUCGUCGACUCAAAAGAGGACCAAAACUCCAUCGGCGCGUGCCCCGUCUCCGAGACCGCCAUCGCCGCCGCGAAGGCUAAAGUCGGCUCAUGGACCUCUCCCGGGCAGCCGGGACACUCCAUCCUGCACUCCCCCUCAUCCCCUCUACGUAUCUGCAUCUUAGACGGUUUCCUGCUGUACUCUCCCGAGCUCGAAGCGGGCGGCGUCCCCGCACUGCUCGACACCAAGCUCUUCCUUCUCGUGAGCCGCGAGCGGGCGACGCAGCGCCGGGAGCGGCGCGACGGGUACGUCACGCUCGAGGGCUUCUGGACCGAUCCGCCGGGCUACGUGGAUAAGAUCGUAUGGCCGAACUACGUCGCCUCGCACGCGGGCUUGUUCGAGGGAGGCGAUGUGGAGGGGGGCAGGUUGGAUGAGCGCGUGCUGAAGGAGAAGGGCAUCGAGGCGCAGGUUGGACGCGGCGAGGAUGUGGAUAUGGAGGAGACGUUUGGCUGGGCUGUUGAUUCGGUGAUGAGGCGGUUAGAAGAGGAGUUUGGUGGGAGGGGGUAGAUUGGGUGAGAGGUUUGAUUUAUGAUCCUUGUUUAAGUGGUUCUGAGAAUGUUGUCUAAUUCGUUUCUAGGUGCGUUUGAAGAUUUUGGUGGUAUGAGACUACGUUAAAGCAUCAUCACCGAGUUU